GAGGGGAAAAAAAGGGAGGAGGAGGAGGGCGGGGGGCGAGCGAGCUAUGCUACCCGAGGCUGCCGCAGCCGCGGCCCCGCUACGAUUGGAGCGCCCCAAGAUGAGGACGGAGAGCAGCCCGCGGACCCUCGUGGAGCAAAGUGGCCUGCAGCUAUGCCAGUUGCUAACACGAUGACGGGGAGCAGUGUCCCCAAUGUGGAGAACAAGCCUGAAGACAUUAUUUGCAAAACAAUUGAGAGGAUCAGGUUUGCAAGUCUAAAUAAUCCAGCUGCAGAAACAACAUUUUGGGGUGGGCUUUCAAAGCAUAAUUGGUCGAAGAGUGUUGCCUUCCCAGACAAGCUACUGCCGAAAGCAGAACUAGAUUCCGUGGCAGAGAGCUCACUGAAAACCAUAGAGAAAUUGAUGCUGGAUCCAAGACUGGACUGUUUUCAGCAGAAUAUGCUAAGCCCCAAGAUGAUCAUCGGAGAUCCCUCAGUAGAUCUCAACGUGCGGGAAAGCAGCAGGAUUCUAAGGAAGCAAAUGGGUGGCUUUCAGAAUCUUCGGUCCGUUGGGAAAGUCAGCUUGAAAAACAAGCCUUUAAGUAUCAAGGACAAGAUUUCAGAAUGGGAAGGAAAAAAGGAAAUUCCAGCUCCGGUGUCCCUGUGGAAGGAGGAGGACCAAAGUAUUAAAGAGGAACCCAGUCCGGUUUUGGGUGUAAUGGAGAAGAUGGCUAGGAAUAGUGUUGCAAUGAGAGAUGUGGAUAAUAAGAGGCUCCCAAAUUACAAGGGGCCAAGCAAGGAGGAUGAGAGGCAAGUUGGAACUUUUAAAAACGCUGGGCAGCAUGUUGUAAAGAAAGCUGAUGUGAAAUCAAGGGAGGAAGAAUGUAAUUUCAAUGUGGGUAAAUGUACUGAGUUGAAGGACAGUAAGAAGGAAAUCCAGAAGGAGAACCUGUCUGUCUUGAGUCAAGUCAAGAAGCUGGAGCAGGCCUUGAAGUGUGGGUCAGCUGAAGCCCAACCCCAGCUACCAGGUACUUACUAUUCUCCACAUUGUCUGCAAGAGAAGACAGGUGAGGAUCAGGAGCCCUCUGAAGGCCAGGAAAGUACCAACCGCCUAGAAGUAAGUAAGUGGCUCCUUGGCUUGGAUACUGAAGCCAGAGAGCCAAUCUUUGGGACUUUGGAAGAGGUGAAAGCAUCGUGUGUGAAAUGCAGAUCUCGCAAUGAAGAAAAUGUGUACAUGGAGCCUGGCUUGCCAGAGAAGAAACCUUUUAUCAAUCCGCUUCCUAAGCCUCGACGGACUUUCAAACAUGAAGGUGAAGAGGGGUGGAUUCUGCCUGCUCGGAAUAAGAGACUCCUACCCCCUCUCCCUUCUAUUCCACCCCCUCCUCUGCCUUCCUCACCUCCCCCCUCAGCCAUUAGUAGAAGGCUGAGGAACGGAAAGCUUAAGGCUAACGCAGAUCACAGGAAGUCCUAUGAAUUUGAAGAUUUGUUGCAGUCCUCUUCUGAGAAUGGCCGAGUGGAUUGGUAUGCUCAAAGCAAGAUGGCCCUAACCCGCACUUUAUCAGAGGAAAAUGUCUAUGAAGAUAUUCUAGAUUUACCAGCAAAAGAAAACCCCUAUGAAGAUAUUGAGACAAAUAGUCAUUGCCUAGGGAAGAAAUGUGGCCUGAACUUUCCAGCAUCUCCUUCUUCUAUUCCUGGCACACCCACAAAGGUCCUCUCUAAGCCCAUCUUCUUUAGGCAGAACUCAGAACGCAGAAGUUUCAAAUUGUUAGACAUACGGAAACCCAAUCGGGAUGGGACUUAUUCUCCUUCCAAAAUCAGCCCUCCUUCCACUCCUAGCAGUCCUGACGAUACUUUCUUCUCCUUGGGUGAUUCUCAAAAUGGCAAGAAAAGAAGGAAAAUUUCCAAGCUGGUGUUAAAAAUCAAUGCUAUUUAUGAGGCUCGAAGAGGGAAGAAGCGAGUCAAAAGACUGUCACAAUCUACGGAGUCUAGCUCAGGGAGAGUUACAGAUGAAAAUAGUGAAUCAGACAGUGACACAGAAGAAAAACAAAGAGCUCACAGUCAACGCCUUGUUCAUGUAAAGUCUCGCCUGAAGCAAGCCCCCAAGUAUCACACCUUGGAGAGAGAUCUGAUCGAGUAUCAAGAGAGGCAGCUCUUUGAAUAUUUUGUUGUAGUGUCAUUACACAAGAAACAAGCUUGCGCGCCAUACGUCCCUGAAGUUACCCAGCAGUUUCCAUUAAAGCUUGAACGCUCCUUCAAAUUCAUGAGGGAGGCCGAGGACCAGCUGAAGGCCAUUCCGCAGUUUUGCUUCCCUGAUGCAAAAGACUGGACUCCUGUUUCUCAGUUUAGCAGUGAGACAUUUUCAUUUGUCUUGACUAGUGAAGAUGGCAGCCGAAGGUUUGGGUACUGCAGAAGAAUACUGCCCAGUGGGAAAGGGAAACGUCUUCCAGAAGUUUACUGCAUUGUGAGCCGCUUGGGGUGUUUCAACCUCUUCUCAAAGAUCUUGGAUGAGGUUGAGAAAAGACGUGGCAUUUCUCCUGCCUUGGUCCAGCCACUCAUGAGGAGUGUCAUGGAAGCCCCUUUUCCAGCCCUGGGUCGGACUAUCUCCAUCAAGAACUUCCUGCCUGGUUCUGGAACAGAAGUUAUAGAGCUGUGUCGACCACUUGAUUCAAGACUUGAACAUGUUGAUUUUGAGUCCUUGUUCUCCUCGCUUAGCAUUCGGCACUUAAGCAGAGUCUUUGCUUCCUUGCUGUUGGAGAGACGGGUGAUAUUUAUAGCAGACAAGCUCAGUACCUUGUCCAAAUGCUGCCAUGCCACAGUGGCCCUUCUUUACCCCUUUGCCUGGCAGCACACCUACAUCCCGGUACUUCCCCCUUCAAUGAUUGACAUUGUCUGCUCGCCAACCCCCUUUCUGAUUGGCCUGCUCUCCAGUUCCUUGCCCCGCCUCAAGGAGCUGCCAGUGGAAGAGGUCCUUGUGGUUGACCUUGUUAAUAACCGGUUCCUUAGACAGAUGGAAGAUGAAGACUCCAUUUUGCCCCGAAAGUUGCAAGGAGCUCUUGAACAUAUACUGGAGCAGAGAAAUGAACUGGCAAAUGACAAGGAGGAAGUCACACUCAACGGCAAACAGGAGGCCAGCCCUUUGAAUGAAGUGGUGUCAGAAGCUUUCGUCCGCUUCUUUGUGGAGAUUGUAGGACACUACUCUCUUUUCAUGAUUCCUGCUGAGAAGGAAGAAAAAGCUCUCCAGCGGGAAGCUUUCCGGAAGUCCGUUUCUUCAAAGAGCCUUCGAAGGUUCCUGGAAGUUUUUAUGGAGACUCAAAUGUUUGGAGGCUUCAUUCAAGAACGAGAAUUACGAAAACAGGGAGCCAAAGGUUUGUUUGAGGUACGUGCCCAGGAAUAUCUGGAGACCCUUCCCAGUGAAGAACAGAGUGGAGUUAAUAAAUUCUUGAAAGGAUUAGGUAGCAGAAUGAAAUUUCUUCAUAAGAAAUAAGUAUUUGGAGCACCACCAGGAGUGGCGAGAAGGAUAUCUUUUCUAAGCAUUUCAGCAGACACAACAUGGAUUCCGUUUGUUUUUCCCAUUUUAAAACCCAAGUCCAGCUUAGCCUGCUCCAGUGGUGGAGAAAUCUCCAGAGAAGCAGCGUUUAAAAGCUGCUCCUGGAUGGACAGACGACCUUGUGGCCUACUGUACAGCAUGGUGCAGAAGGGGCCUCCAGGUUUGGCUUGAUGAAGAUCAUGCACUGGACAAAGCAUUCCCGAACCUCUCUGUUCACUGACCCUUUGCAGACUUUGUGGUGUUUUUGAGACCUUAUCUAUUACUUUUUUUUUUGAAAAUAUUUCUUAUUUAUACUGAGGUUAGGAAGACUAUUAGGCAGAGACAUUUGUUCCAUUUACUCUCCCAAGGGAUGACAGCAAGGAUAGGCGCUGCCUUAACUUGGAUAGUAUGAUUGUAAAAUGACAUGAUGAUGUGAUACAGAAAUAACUAGAAGAGAAAGAAAGGGUCACGUACAUAUGGGAAAAGAAGAACCCGUAUACACCAGUAGCUAUGGUGGUGGUAGGGGACUACUAAAUCCAUUCAGAAUUUUAUCCAACUGACCACUAUGUGAUGACUUACUGCCCCUUCCUGGAGUUUGGGAUAUAUGUCCACACCCUUCUUCGGAGUAAGUCUGAUCUGUUGCCAUUGGAAGUAUGUGUUUAUUAAAACAAAACCAAAAAAAGCAUGUGCUUAGUUUCAA